AUGCAGCCCAUAUUGGCAAAAAAUGGAUUGGAAACGCCGGAGCCGGUGAAAGCUCAGGUGACAGGGUCCAUCCCAUCCUGGCUUCAGGGCUCUCUGCUGAGGAACGGACCCGGUCUUUUCUCUGUGGGCAGCUCCGAGUACAACCACUGGUUUGACGGCCUGUCGCUCAUCCACAGUUUCACCUUCAGCAACGGUGAGGUGACGUACAGGAGUAAGUUCCUGAAGAGUGAAACCUACAAAAGGAACGUCCAAGCUGACAGGAUUGUCGUCUCCGAGUUUGGAACCAUGAUCUACCCAGAUCCCUGCAAGAACAUAUUUUCCAGGGCAUUCACACACCUCUGCAACGUCAUCCCUAACUUCACCGACAACAACUUGAUCAACAUCAUUCGCUACGGUCAGGACUACUACGCCUCCUCUGAGGUCAACUACAUGAACCAGAUCAACCCUGCUACCCUAGAAACCAUCGGCAGGAUUAACUACAGGAACCACAUCGCUCUGAACUUGGCGACGGCUCAUCCUCACUACGACCACGAGGGCAACACCUACAACAUGGGCACCGCCAUCAUGGGCUUCGGUCGGCCAAAAUACGUCAUCUUCAAAGUCCCAGCGGAUGCUUCAGAUAACAAACACAAGAAGCCGGCAUUGAGCAAAGUUCAACAGAUCUGUUCAGUUCCGUUUCGAUCCACUUUGUUCCCGAGUUACUUCCACAGCUUCGGCAUGACGGAGAACUACAUCGUGUUCGUGGAACAACCUUUUAAACUGGACAUCAUCAAACUGGCCACGGCCUACUUCAGAGGGGUCAACUGGGGAAGCUGCCUCAAAUUCGAUAAGGACGACAUCACUUUGUUCCACGUCAUCAACCGAAAGACAGGAAAGGCGGUGUCCACCCGUUUCUACGGCGACGCCAUGGUGGUGUUUCACCACAUCAACGCGUACGAGGCUGACGACCACGUGGUGUUUGACCUCAUCAGCUACAAGGACAGCAACCUGUACGAAAUGUUCUACCUCCAGAACCUAAAGCAGGACACCAGCAGCUUCAUCCAGUCCAACAAGAGCAUCAGCCCGCCGCUCUGCCAGAGGUUCGUCCUGCCGCUCAACGUCCACAAGGAAUCUCCCCGAGGAUCUAACCUGGUGACUCUGACGGACACGACGGCGCAGGCGGUGAUGCAGGAGGACGGCUCGGUCUACUGCCAGCCAGACACUCUGUUCGAAGGUCUGGAGCUGCCGGGGAUCAACUACAACUUCAACGCCAAGAACUACAGAUAUAUCUACGGCUCCCGGAUGGAGUGGUCUCCUCACCCCAAUAAGAUCGCCAAGAUCGACAUCGUCACCCGGACACACCUGGAGUGGCAGCAGGAGCACUGCUAUCCGUCAGAGCCGGUGUUUGUAGCGUCUCCGGGCGCCGUGGAGGAAGACGACGGGGUGAUCUUAUCGUCCGUCAUCUCUCCGGAUCCCAACGUGUCUUCUUUCAUGCUCGUCCUCAACGCCAAAACCUUCAAGGAGAUUGCCCGAGCCUCCAUCCCCGCCAGCGUUCACAUGGACCUUCACGGACUUUUCAUCCCCGCCGCCGUCUGA